UCCGGCUUCAAUUAUCCCCACAAUCACUGGCUUUGUGUUUUUGAUUUCAUUCUUUGUUUUUCAUCUCCUUAUAUGUAACUUUAUUUUCAUGGCGAGAGGCCCUGUAUCAUAUCUAUUGCGUUUAUAUUCAUCCAAAAACAACCUCUCUAGGGUUAGGGUUCUCUUCUUCCAUUCAAACCCAUGCCGAGAAUUGUAUCCCUCGUAUAUAUAUAUAUAUAUAUAUAUGUAAUUAUAUAGUGAUUAUUCUUUAUUAUCAUUAAAAAAGAUUAUUGAACACCCAUGAAUCUACUUAUAAAAUUUUGUGAACCUUAGCUCUGUUUUUUUCACUAUUUUGUUAGCAUUUUGGAUUUGAUAGAAUGUGAUCCUUAAUCCCACAGCACAUAUCUAUAAAUCUGAAUAAGCUCUGUUUUUUUCACUAUUUUGUUAGCGUUUUGGAUUUGAUAGAAUGUGAUCCUUAAUCCCACAGCACAUAUCUAUAAAUCUGAAUAAUUCCAAAUCGGUUGAUUACAUAUCUAUAAAUCUAAACACAAGCCUCGUCACUAUGAGCACAUUGACUCAAUCCAUGCUUACAUCAUCUUCAAUGACUCAAACUCAUGCUUCCGCCAUGACUACUGCACAGUCAUGUUCGCCAUGACUACUGCAUAUUCAUGUUUACAUGGUUCUCUCAUGCUACAGAGGAGGCAUGGAUGGAGAAAUCUCUAACAUAAAGAAGUGGAUCAUAUUGUAUCCUAUUUACAUAAAUUCAAAGAAAACAAUAGCAGAGGGAAGGCGAAUAAGCACAAGCAAAGCCUGUGAAAAUCCUACUUGUGCUGAGAUUGGUGAUUGUUGCUCUCAUCUUAAACUCCCAUUUGCAAUUGAGAUAUCGCAUGCAUAUCCACGAGAUUUCAUGCAACAAGGAAGGGUGAGGGUAUUGCUGAAAAAUGAGGAUGGAACUUUCUCUAAUCCAGCCAUUUCUUCAAGGAAACAGCUAAUGCUUCGCAUAGCAGAGUUGGUACCCAGACACCCUGGGAGGACCAAGAAACAGGAGCCUGCUGCUGCAUCGACCUUGGGUGCUGUACCUUCAAAAUCUGGGAGAGGUGGAAAAAAGAAGAGAUAGCUUCACUAGUUUGUGUUUCUUCCCCGUUGUCAGUGUUAGGCCCUAAAAUUUUUACAUCAAAUAUUUUUUUUUUUUAAAACCCUCCAUGUUUUUAUUAGUCACCAUAUUUUUUUUUGUUUGGAAUGUUUAAAGAUACUUUUUUUUUUCCCCUGAAAAGAGCAGCCGCAUUUUUGUGGGGAUAGAAAUUGUGGUAGUGAACUAGUUCAAAGGAAAUGCAUAGUUAACACUUAAUAGUGCAAUGUGUAAAAUUAUCCAGUAAUCUUGGGAACAUGCUGACAUGGUGCUUCCGGAUCAAUAAGAACAAUGGUCAUGGGAUAAAUGUUGUUGGCUUGAUCCACAUCGUUGGAUGAUGGGAGACCGGUUGCGUAUGAGUUUUGGGCAUGUCAAAAGUUUCUGUGACAAUUUUCAGCAUGUGCAUUGGCAGUAAAGCUUGUGCACAUCCUAUAUGCCUAGUAGAUCUUAGAUCUGUGUUUGCACUGACUUCAGAGAUGGGGUUGAAGGGAGAGCUGAAAGAAAAGUUUCCAGUUGUCCUGUUUCAUGAAGGUUUAUGGGAGAAGGACUCACAGUAAGUUCUCUUACAUUUUCUUCAUUUCUCCAUCUCAUACUGCAACCUCAUAAUUGAAGUGUGUUAAUUAAGGUCUUGAUGCUAGAGAAAUUAACAUUGUUAUGAUCAUAAUUGUGCUUCUCUAUAGAGAGUUCCACUAGAUCAAUCAAAUUUAUCAUGAUGAAUACAAUGCAAAAUCUUCUUCUUUUUUUUUUUUCUUCUUCUAAAAGAAAGUGCACAUGAUACAAUUUAUCAUGAUGAAUACAGUGCUGUUAAGAUUGUAUCUCAAAAAUAGACCACUUACAAAGUUUGUCUCAGUAAACACUUGGAAGUGUUUGACAUGUAUAAUAUAUCGCCAAAAGCACAAAAAAUAGUCAUGGAUAAUUAUUUUUGCAACCAAUCAUGACCUUCAUUGAUAAAACUACUUAUAAACUUUUAUCUUUCUCCAUAGACAGUUAGAAUCUCUAAUAACAUCCACUAUUUUUCAAGAAGUGCACGGCUCUAAAUUAUUUCAAUUAGAAAGAAAGUAUUCAAACUAGUAUAAAGAUCAAUGGCAUCUUAAAAGGGUCUGCAUAUAUAUUCCCAAUAUAAAAAUGAAUAAUAAAAAAUUAAAAAUUUUGUUAAUGAGUUCACCAAAGGUCUAUUUGGUGUAAUUUCUUUCAAAUUAAAAGUUGAUAAUUAAAAAAACAUAAGUUGAAAGUAUAAGUAUCCUUCUUAACUUUUCAAUAACUAAAAUUUUCAACUUAUUUAAAUUAAUUUUGUCGUAUUAAUUAUAAGUAGAAGUUACACCAAACAAUUUUAUACAAAUUUUCAAAAUAAGAAAGUUAUAUGCAACCCAAUAAAUUACACCAAACAGGAUGUAAGGAUAUUUGUUAAAAAAUUUAAAUUAAUUGUACAUUCUUCAUAAAAGUGUGUUUCUAUAAAGAAUAUACAAAUUUUAAACUUUUUCUAUCAAUACCCUAAAAGAUUAAAAAAAUUAACAACAAUGAUUUAUCUCACUAAUUUAGGAGUACUAAUUGAGAACUAAUAAGGUGAAAAUUCAAAAAAAAAAAAAGAAAUUAAGGCCAAACAACACAUCAAUGAGUGGGCCCACCUCCUAGAGCUCUUUUAGAGUUCAUAAUUUAAACUUCCCAAAUAUUUUUCUAAAAUUAAAGAUAGAAAUUAAAGAAAAAUGAGUAAGAGCACUAAUUAGUGCUAUCACUAAUGAUGUGGCAGUGGGCCCCACCAUAAAUGAUUUGAUGUUUUGACCUUAGUGUUGUAUUAUUUUUUUUUUUAUUGAGUGCCAUGUCAUUAGUGGUCUUUUUAGAACUCCAAAAUUAGUGGUCUCUAUCAUUGUUGGAAAUUAAAAUGACUCCUUACUCCUGUCCUUGCUUCUAGAGAAAAGAAGACAUGCUAGAGGGCAGAGAAGGAAGACUAAUUAAAAUACUAAUUUCUUUUUCUGUCAUCAAAGUUGUAAGAUUUGAAGAAUUUUGAAAUGGGCCAGUGUACCACUACUAUGCAUUGUAAGUGUGAUUUGGUAGCAGAUACUGUCAUCAAAGUUGUAAGAUUUGAAGAAUUUUGAAAUGGGCCAGUGUACCACUACUAUGCAUUGUAAGUGUGAUUUGGUAGCAGAUACUGGGGACUAAUAAUCAAAAGGUUCCACAAAAAAGACACAACUAUGAAUAAACGAAUUAACGAAAUGAUUAGAUCAUUUUUUUUCUUCUCUUGCUUAAUACCUUUAGACGGUGGGUGAUUAUCUCUUUCCCACUACGAAAUAAUAAUAAUAAUAAUAAUAAUAAUAAUAUAAAGAAAAAGUGAUAUAUAUAUAUAUAUAUAUAUGCAAUUAGGACAUGAUCACUUUGUUCUUUUGAGAUACAGAAGAAUCUCUUCUGUCAUUCUCAUCUAAAUUUGGGUACUAGAACAAUAUUGCUGGGGUGCAGUGAAACUGAUCAUUCUUGUUAUUGUGGAGGCGUAUUUUGUGAAUGAUAGCACGUGGUUAAGGUGACGUCGAAGUGUCAGUCGAUGUACCACGUGGCUUGGUCAUGCACCGAGAUGAUCUUAGCUAAGCCGAGGUUAUCUAUGGAGACACCGGAGUCCAAGGUAAGCAGAUAAGGGACAAGAGUUCUAGAACAGAGGAGGAUCUCAGUCUGGGUAGAGGUAAGGCUCGAGAAGAGUUUAUCUUUAUCUAGAUGAAGGUCCAAGAUGAACAUGGAGCCUGAGUCCAUUGAAGUGAGGCUUCUAAGGGGAUCAAGUCACUGCUGGUUAUAAAAGUGAGGCACCCUCGUGGGUCUGAGGUAAGUUCUUUCUUGUGAGUUUAAGCACUAUUUGCUAUUUAUGAGAGAUAUUGAUUACUGACUUGACUAUCGAAGUGCCAUAGGUGGACGAACCACCGCCAGAUUCUCAUAUCUUGUACAGGUUGUUAGGCUUAAUCUAUUCUGUCUGUGCUAUCCAGCUGAGUUCCCCGUUUGAUUGUGUAGUCAAAAAUCAACACCCACAAUUUGGCGCCGUCUGUGGGAACUUAAGGAGAAUAGGUGGCCAAUAACGGGUAAGGAGAAAAGAUCGGGGACGAUGUCCCAGGUGUGAUUGGAAAACAUGCCGAUCCUAACAUCGAGGAAGAAAACCAUAAUGAAGAAGCACGGGAUCAGAAUCCUGGGGAGAAUGACGUCGGCAAAGAAGGAGAUGCCCCAAAGAAAGCAGGCCGAGAUGAGUAUUAUAACGAAAGCGACCUCCAGGUAUGGAAGGACAGAUGCUUGAAGAUGGAUGGCAAGAUGAAGGGGAAGGCAAAUAAGUUGGCAGACCUACAAUCAGUUGUCAACUUCAUGAUGUAGAACAACGUAAUGCAACCACCGUACCCGUUGCAAGACACAUCGAUAACAGCGGCUAAGACCGACGCCCAGAAAAGAGGGCAGAAAGAAAUCCCAGUAGGCCCUCAGCAUGACAAGGAGAAAGAAUGUUCACAUCGGUCUUCACAGGAUGUCGGGCGAGCAGAGUCAGUAAGAGGUGAGUCACAGAGGAUGCCUCGUACCAAGGGAACCUAUGUCAAAGAACAUCGGUGUGACAACCCCACUAUGUAUCAUAUUUGGCAUUUAAUUAAUUAAGAAGAUUUAGAUUCUCAA